GCAGAAUAUACUAUUCAGUGAACAGGUCUUUGCACGGAUAAAAGCCAUAAUAUUAAAAAAAGCAUUGACAUGACAUUUCAGUUGAUAUAUUUUAGGGUAUCAAAAGUCGCGGGUUUUCAUUAAAGUGUGAUUUGUUUAUUAAUUACUAUUAUAUUUUUGUUUUAGUGCAAUAGUUAGAGUUCAUAAUUAUGGCUGAUGCUGGGAGGGGUCGCGGUCGGGGCCUUGCCUUGCUUCAGGCGCUUAAAGCACGAAUGACUGAGUCACCAGCCUCUCAGGAACCAAGUCAAGACCCCUCUGCACCACCAAGUGUUGCUGCAACACCAAAUGUUGCUGUAAAACCCAAUUUGGUGCCUGACACAGCAUCCAGUGCAGCCCCAAGUAAUGUUAGUUCAACAAGUACUAUACCUGGGGGAAGAGGGAAAAUGGCAGCAAUGCUGCUGUCCAAAAUCCAGAAAACUGGAGUUGAUAAGCCUAUGUUCAGUCCAGCAUCUGAUGUGAGUCCGAGCCCGAGUAUGGUGGGACAAGGGGUUGGACGUGGACUACAGCUUCUGCAGAAUUUGAGAAAGCAAACUUCUACAAGUUCAACCGUAGACUCGAGUGUAGAAAAUAUAACAAAAGGUCUUGCAGCUUCCUCUGUAUCUUCAGCUAAUUUACCCGGAGGGAAGAACAAAUAUUAUAGUGAAAUCAGUCAAACAGAGCCAGUGGUUAUGAAGGGAGAGAGCGGUACUCCGUGUGACCUCACAGCCAACUUUAUAUAUCUUAAAUAUAAAGACAACAGUGUGUUCGAAUACGAAGUGAGAUAUGAACCAGAUCAGGAUUACAAGCAUUUGAGAUUUAAACUUCUAAAUGAACAUAAUCACUUCUUCCAACAGAAGGCAUUUGACGGCACAACUCUUUACGUACCUCACAAAUUGCCAGAUGAAGCUCUCAAUCUAGUUUCAACCAAUCCUUAUGAUAAUAGUAAAGUUAAUAUAACUAUUUUAUAUCGUCGCCCUCGUCUCCUCCGUGAAAUGAUACAUAUAUAUAAUAUGCUGUUUAAACAUAUAAUGAGAGAUCUGAAUCUUGUGAGGUUCGGACGACAGCACUAUAAUGAGAAUGCUGCAAUACAAAUACCACAGUAUAAACUUGAAGUAUGUCCAGGUUAUGUGACAGCGGUUGAUGAGUAUGAAGGUGGUCUCAUGUUGACUCUAGACUCGACUCAUCGAGUGCUUCGUACACAGACUGUGUUAUCACUGAUCAAGGAGACGGUUCAGACUCAAGGGGCUGCAUGGAAGAGAUAUAUCAGUGAUGCACUCAUCGGAACAUCAGUUAUGACCACAUAUAAUAAAAAACUGUUUCGAGUUGACAGCAUAGAUGACACGAUAAACCCGAGAUCAACGUUUGAGAAGAAUGAAAAGGGAAAAAUGGUUAAAAUUACAUAUCUUGAGUAUUACAAGAAUAAAGGUAUCGAUAUUAUGGAUAUGGACCAGCCAAUGUUGAUAUCGAGAGAUUCCAAGCGUAUGCCCGGCUCAGAGGAGAUUACUGAUUUCAUGAUAUGCCUCGUACCGGAACUGUGCCAACUGACUGGCUUGUCUGACAGUCAGAGAAGUAACUUCAAACUAAUGAAAGAUGUCGCCACUUACACCAGAAUAACACCGAAUCAACGGCAUGCUGCUUUUAAAAAGUACAUCCAAAAUGUUCUAGAAAACGAGUCCGCCUUGAAUCGUCUAAAGGGCUGGGGUCUCACAAUAGCCCCUGAGACGGUUGAGAUAGCUGGCCGUACUUUGGCACCAGAGACUUUAUAUUUUGGCAAUAACGUCAAGUUACCGGGACAGGCGAAUUCCGAAUGGAACGGUGACGUCGGAAGGAACGGUGUGAUGCAAGCCGUGGAUAUAUUAAGAUGGGUUGUACUGUUCACUGAUCGGGAUAAACAGGUGGCUUCGGAUUUCGUAGAAACUCUAAAGCGAUGCAGCCGUCCGAUGGGUAUAAACGUGUCUAACCCGGAUAUGGUCCGACUCCCAAACGAUCGGACCGACACUUAUGUGAUGGCACUCAAGAAAUGUAUCAGCAGUCAGUUACAAGUGGUGGUAGCCAUCUGUCCUACCAUCAGAGACGAUAGGUACGCUGCCAUCAAGAAGAUAUGCUGCGCUGAGAACCCGGUACCAUCUCAGGUGAUCAACGCACGUACAAUAAUGAACAAUCAGAAAAUAAGAUCGGUUACACAGAAGAUAUUACUGCAAAUUAAUUGUAAGCUGGGAGGUACCUUGUGGCAUAUCAGUAUACCGUUCAAAUCGGCUAUGGUCGUCGGUAUAGAUUCAUACCAUGACGCCAGCAGGAAGAAACGUAGCGUGUGUGCAUUUGUGGCUUCAUAUAACCAGUCAAUGACGCACUGGUAUUCCAAGGCGGUAUUCCAAGAGAGGGGUCAAGAAAUAGUGGACAGUCUCAAAUCCUGUUUAGUCGACGCCCUCAAACAUUAUCUAAGAAUAAAUGGAAGAUUACCCGAUAGGAUUAUAAUAUAUAGAGACGGCGUGGGCGAUGGUCAGUUGAAACUUCUCAAAGAGUAUGAGAUACCUCAAAUGGAAGUAAGUUUUUCAGUUGUCGAUGACACCUACAAGCCCACUUUAACCUACAUCGUCGUACAGAAACGUAUUAAUACGAGAAUAUUUUUGAAAUCUAGAGAAGGUUACAGUAAUCCCGCACCAGGAACAAUAGUCGAUUAUAAGAUAACUAGACGGGACUGGUACGACUUCUUAAUAGUAUCACAAAAGGUGAACCAGGGUACCGUGACCCCUACUCACUAUGUGGUCGUUAGUGACAACAGUCCAAUGUCCCCGGACCAGUGUCAGAGGUUAACGUACAAAUUGUGUCAUCUGUAUUACAAUUGGCCCGGCACUGUUCGUGUGCCAGCGCCUUGUCAAUACGCACACAAGCUGGCAUCGCUUGUAGGGCAGAAUAUACACCAGCAGCCGUCUGAAGCGUUAUCUGAUAAGCUAUUUUUCUUAUAAUUGUUAGUAUACAAACUCUAGUCUAAGCUAAGCUAGGUAUAUUUUUAAUACAUGAUGAUAUUACAUUUAAGUCAGUACAUAUAAAAAUAAAACUAUGUUUUUGAGAUUUACUUGACCUUAUUAUUACCUCAAAUAGUUUUGAUACUUAAGAACAUUUAGAAUGUAUUCAUUCUAGUGUAUCAAGGUUCAAGUAACAGUGGUUGAUUAUUUCUAUACUGUUAUUGGAAAUAAACGUACCUAUAGCGACUAUUACAAAUACUUAAGUAUAAAAUAAUCACAGAUUAGUAAAUCGAAAAUAUUAUUUACUUGUAUUUACUUGGCUAUAUACAAAUACUGUAUAUAAGCAUGUCCAAAAUUGUAAUGUCAAUUUUAUUAAUAGCUUCUUUUUUGCAUUUUUUUUUUAAAGUGAGACUUAAUUUUAUUAGUAAAUUUAUUAUUUUUUUUCUAUAAUAUUUGUAUUUGAUAAUAACACGAACCUUAAUAUUCCUUUAAGUUCCGUGGUUAUUGUAUUGUAUAUAUAUAAAUACAUUGAUCAGUCUUGAAAUUUAAUUAAGACUAAUAUUUAACUGUAAACAAAGAAAAUAUUGUUUUUCUUUAAGAAAUGUUGAUGAGUGUAAUUAAAAAUUUUCUUCAUAUAAGGAUCUGAAACCUUUGUUUGUGAUAUUAGUAUAAAUUAAGAAACAUUAUAGUAUUUCCCAUUUGAGAUGAGAUAAGAUGAGAUGAGAUGAGAUUGUAUGGCUGUAACAAAAAUUUCUUUCAUUAUAGUUUAUCUCAUUUCGUGUUAAAUUAAAGUCUAUUCUUCUGGGAAAUAACAUUAAUUAAACACAUACCAAUAAAUUAAUUUGGAUUUGUUUAAGUUUCUAAUAUACUAAAAGCUGUUUUUGUAAUUCUAAACGCUUUGCACCUUUCUGUUGUUUGUAUGAGUGACGUCCAACUUUAUAAACGACAAAGAGAAACAAUAUUUUGAUAAAUUAAAUGAGAAUAAAAGAAAAAUCUUUUUUCUCCAUUUAAAUUUAAAUAUAUGUAUAUGAACCUUAAGACUUUGUUUUAUGAAACUUUAAUUCAUACUUUUUUAUUUAAGACAUGUUUUUGUAACUAUUAGUAAAUGUUGCUAGCGAAGAUUAUUUCAUCUUGUAUAAUUUACUUGCAUUUUUGAAACGGGUAACACUUCAAUAUAAGUAGAUUUUUGUUAUAUUUCGAUGGAAAUUUGAAUUAAUAACGUUAAUGUUUAUGUUAAAACUCGAUUUUUUUUUAUCUACUCGUUUGACUAGAAUUUUUUCUCUGUAUCGUGACGCUGUUAAACAAUUAAAAAAACAGAUUUUAUUGUAAAAGAAUCCGUUUGAUAUUAAUUUUGUUUUUAAACUACUGAAAAAAAAAAAAGUUUUCCUUAUACGAAUCUUUGUCAGUUUUUUCAACGUUGUAUAGCUUAUAACAAUGUUUGUUUUUUUCUUCACAAUAUAUUGUAUAGGUUCCUUAUUUUCAAAUAUAAUUAAUUAGUUUAAGUCACGAUUGAACUGUGAUUUGUAAUUUGUUACGGUUAGUGUGUUAACUCGACGUAGGUGUUAUUAAUUGUUAAAAUUUAUAGACUCUACUUUUCUAAUAAAAAUCAUGAAACAAA